UGCAUUCAGUAUUAUUGGUAACACAAGGCCUGCUUCGAGACGGACAAAUUAUUUUUUAAGCUAUAGUUAACAAGAUUCAUCCUGAUUAGCCGGAAAAUUAGGAAAUUUGGGCAAAAGUGUAUUUUAUUGCGAUUGCCGCCACGUCAUGAUCAUAUCUCUUGAAAACAUCUACUAUUCGAGGCCAUCGUUCACACAGUCGUUUUUUAAGAUCGAGUGUCCGACAGCAGACCGAUCCUUGUGACGACUGUUUAACGAGCGUACGUCAUAAAUGUAACAAGUUUUAUUAAAGGUUUGUGGAAGACGGCGAACUAAAUGUCAAUUGUCAAAAAUGUGAAUUUAUUUUGGAACAUUAUUUAUAUUUAGUCAUGUACUUGGAGCACUACUUAGACAGUAUUGAAAAUCUUCCUUAUGAACUUCAAAGAAACUUCACACUCAUGCGGGAUCUUGACCAGAGAACCCAAGAUAUCCUCAAGGAGAUUGAUGACAUGGCUGAUAAUUACACAGAAUGCGCGAGGAAUCUCUCUCCAAGUGAAAAGACAGAGCAGCUGACGAAGAUCGAGGAAUCUUUUGCAAAGGCAAAAGAGUUAUCAGAAGACAAAGUCCAGCUUGCCAUGCAGACAUACGAAAUGGUUGACAAACAUAUUCGUAAGUUGGACUUCGAUCUUGCACGAUUUGAAGCAGACUUGAAAGAGCAGCAUGAACAAGAACUCGCCGCUUCUGAUGAAGAAAAUAAGGAUUCCAAGUCGAGGAAGAAAAAGCGAAAGAAAUCGCGCGGCAAGUCGACUGGCGCUGAAAGUGCACGAAAGAAGAAACGUGAUGAACCUGUCAUUCCACCACUAGCUGCAGUCACGGCAUUUUUACCCAGUCCUGAUGUACAAGUUUUGGAUAUGCCUGUUGAUCCAAAUGAACCCACCUACUGUCUUUGUCACCAGGUUUCUUAUGGAGAGAUGAUUGGCUGCGAUAAUUUGGAGUGUCCAAUCGAAUGGUUUCACUUUCCUUGUGUUGGUCUGACGACGAAACCAAAAGGCAAAUGGUAUUGUCCAAAGUGCAAUAUUGAAAAGAAGAAGAAAUGAGAGCAUUGCUUUAAAGAUGAGAAAUGUACAACAGCAUUGGAAGCUGCAAGUAUUGUGCAUUUGCAUGGCAACGUUGUAAUAUUUUGGUGACGUUUACGUCUGGACCGCAAUUCACCUGAGAAUAACCGACAAUGUCGAUGAUCAAAUCGUUAUUGGCUACAUUAUUUCGGUUUUUUUAAAGAACGAGUGUAAAUGUAUAUAAGUAACAGUUACAUUGUGUAUGUAACGGUCUUGUAAAUUCUCUAUGCCAUCCGUCCGGCAUACUUGACCGAGAAGUAGCCAGGUCUUACUUAGGUAUUUGGAAACUAGUUGAAACUAGCUCUCUGCAGUUUUUUUUGCAAAAAUUUGUAAAGCAUAUGAUUGCAAUCAGUGGGUUCGAUUAAAAAGUGCGUAAGCAAUCUUGUA